AUGUCGAAGGCGGUGUCCGCUUGGCACGUGCGAGGCACGUGGCCUCUCGCACGUGCCCUCUUAAAAUUUAUGUUUCUUGCUUCAUUGUUCAUAGAUCACACCUCAAUUCCUCGCAAGGAGUAUACUUCUGACGAAAAGAAUUGAAAAAAAGGGGAGGAGAAUUCUAAAAAAUAAGAAAUUGACAGAAUUUCUAUCAAUUCCGGUGGAGCAACACAAGGAGCCUGGUGGUGGUGCGGAAUAUAAAACCCUAAUGGAAAAUUCUAGGGAUCCAGGCGGAGGGUAUUCAGUUCAUGGGGUUAGGGUUUUGGAGGGGGGCAAAGGCUUAGUUGGAGGAAUGCAAAUGGUGGAUGUAAAAGAAGGGAGUGAUGGUAAAAUGGAUGAUAAGGUCAGUGAAGUUUCUGUUGAAUUGAAUGUGGAUGCGAAUGGGGAGAGGGUUAAUGGAGCUUCUAGGAAAUCUAUAAUUGAGGAAAGGAUGACUGGGCAGGAUGCACGGGGCUCUUGGGGAGUUAUGGAGUUGGUUGGAAGAGUGCUUGAUGGUAAUUUUGGAAUGGAAAAGGAAGAGCGAGAUUUUAAGCCUUUUGAAGACAAGACUAGUAGUACAUAUCAUGUGAAUUUGAAUGUAAUUCGCGAUGCAAUUGGGGAGGCUGUAUCUGGAAAUGAAUUUGUCAAUAAGGGAACUGGAGUUGAUAAGAUAUUGGACGAGCAUAAUUUGGAUUUGCACAGAGAAGGAGCUGCUCUAAGUGGGGAGGCUGUAUCUGGAAAUGAAAUUGGCAUUGAAGGAACUGGGGUUGACAAGAUAUUGGAUGAAUGUAAUUUGAAUUUACAUGGUGAAGGGGCUUGUUUAAAUGGAAAACCAAAUGCGGUUAUUAAUGAACAGGUUCUUGACGGAAAUUCUAGAAAUACCGAGUUAUAUGUUCAUAAACCUGGUUUCCUGGUACCGAACAAAAGUGGAGAAGAAGAUGCUCUUAAAGGAAAACAAAAUGUGGUUGUUAAUGAACAAGUGCCAGAUGUAAUUUCUAGAAAUGCCGUGGGAGAUCAAGAGAAGCCUGGUUUGCUGAUACCAAAAACACAUGGAGAAGGAUCCAGUCCAAAUGGAAAAGAAAACUUGGGGGUUAACGAACAUGUGUCAGAUGUUAAUUAUAGAAAUGCUGAAGGAUAUAAUUGUAAUCCAGGUUUGCUGAUGCCAAAAACACGUGGAGAAGAGUGCAUAACAGAAAAGGAAGGAGAAUAUUGCGUGUCGGAUCUAGUAUGGGGCAAAGUAAGGAGCCACCCCUGGUGGCCUGGGCAGGUAUUUGAAGCUUCAGCUGCAUCAGAGAAUGCACUUAAAUAUUUUAAGAGAGACAGUUACCUGCUAGCAUAUUUUGGGGACCAGACAUUUGCGUGGAACGAGGUAUCAAAGAUAAAGCCAUUUCGGAUGCAUUUCUCUCAAAUGGGGGAACAGAGUAAUUCCAUAGCAUUUUGUCAUGCUGUGAAUUGUGCCUUAGAUGAAACUGCUAGACGGGUUGAGCUCGGUCUGUCAUGUUCAUGCUUGCUAGAGGUGCAUAAGAAUAUAAAGACUCAGAUGGUUGCAAAUGCCGGUAUCCGGGAAGAAUCAAGUAGAAGAGAUGACAGAGACAAUUUAUCAAGUGCGGUCACAUUCUUACCCGCAGAAUUCGUUAGGUACUUAAAGGUAUUGGCUGAAGCCCCAAAUUGUACAGCUGAUAAAUUGGAAUUUGUGAUAGCAAAAGCUCAGUUGCUGGCCUUUAAUCGAUGGAAGGGUCACUAUCAGCUUCCUGAUCUCCAGGAGUUUGGUGUGUUGUUGGAGGACGAUUCUCAAGUUACUGUUCUCGGCAAUGGAAGGGAUUCUCCUGAAGUGAUGAAAGGAGUGCUUCUAGGUUCCAAGGUUGAUCAUCAAUCUAAAAAGAGAAAGUCAAUUCCUCAAGAUGGUUCUUCUCAGAAGCGCAAGCGCAAGCACCUCUCGAGCAACGAUGAAUGGUCCUUGAGCAGCUCAAGAUUACCAACUGGCCAGAAGAAGUCUGGAAGGAAGGCUAGCAAGAAGAUAUGCAGUUCUGGUGAAAAACACGAGCCCAUUGAUUAUAUAUCAAGUGAUUCUCAUGUGGAAGGAAGGAAGAGACUUUUGCCACGCAAUGAUAAAAUGUUUUCGCAGCCUAACUCAUAUCAUAGAGUUGGAGAACGCUUAUGCAGGGCUCUAAAGUCUGGUGAUGGAAGUUCUAGUCAAUCCGUUCGUAGAAGUGGUGGGGAACGUGCAACUGGUGUUCUUUUGGGUUUCACCCAUGGUUCAGGGAAAUCUCAAAGUGAGAAGUUGAUUCCAGCUAAGUGCCCUCCUCCACAUGAGAUUUUUUCAAUGCUAUGCAUGGCUGCAAAACAUCCCAUGAGAAAGUCUGGCUUAUUGACUUCAACAGUAAGUCUGUUCUGUGAGUUCAGGAAUUAUACUUGUUUGGAAAAUGGUAAAGCACAAAAUCACAAGAAGCAUGCUAAGAAGCAUAAGGAGAAACUAUCUCCCAACUUGGAGAAUGCAGAUAUAUCUGGAUUUGAAGGUAUAGAGGAUUCAUAUUGGACCGAUAGAAUCAUUCAAAGCGACCCUGAGGAGAAGAUGAUAUAUGAACCUGAGAUCCCUACCCGAAAGGUUGCCUCUGCUGUUGAAACUGAAGCUGUUUCUGGUAUUAGUGAAAUCUUGGACGAUAAACAAGAAAGAGAUGCUGUCAUUCUGGAUUUGGAAAGAGACAAUUUAUCUGGUCUAGUUGAUGAAGAAUCUCUGAAAUAUUCUCCGACAGCACUGAUCCUCAACUUUACGAAUUUAGAAUCUAUCCCUUCAAUACCAAAUCUGAACGGGAUAUUUAGCCGCUAUGGACCUUUGAGUGAGUCAGACACUGAAGUAUUGAGCAAAAGCAAGCGUGCAAAAGUGAUCUUCAAGAGUCGAGCUGAUGCUGAAGCUGCUUUUAGCAGUACUGGGAAAUUUAGAAUUUUUGGACCUUCACUUGUCAGUUACAAACUCAACUAUUCCCCUAAACUGCGCAAAGCUCCUACAACUUCAAAGCGAAGCAGAAGGCAAACAUCAAAGAAAGAUGGUGCACUUUAAAAAUGGCAUAAUCAGUUGAGGUAUUUCCUUAUGUUUUGUCAUCUUUUAAAAUGUAGGUUUUAUUAGGUAGAAUCUGCCGCUAUUGGAAUAGCAUUCACGUAGAUGAAAAUUGGCAGUUAACUUAUUGUUUCAUUUGAAUAUAUCCUUAGAGAGUAGAUUCAAUGAACGUCAGAUGUUUGUCUGAUUGUAAAAGCAAAGUAUUGGAUUUAAAUAACUUGGAUGUUUUUGGAAAUUCAUUCUUAUUUUCAUAAUGGAUGUUAUAUGGGAUUA